ACUCCUCGGCGGAGCUGCGUGCGGUUCUGCUUGAGUCAGGAAACGUGAGGUGCUGGCUGGGCAGCCUGGGCCGGGAGCUCUAAGCGGCGUCAGGGAUGGCUGGCGGGGCGUCUGGGGAGACCGGCCCGGGGGCGGCUGCAGGCACGGCGGUGCCCGAGACCCAGGAGCACCUCUUCAAAGUGCUGGUCAUCGGCGAACUUGGGGUGGGCAAGACGAGCAUCAUCAAGAGAUAUGUGCACCAGCUCUUUUCUCAGCACUAUCGAGCCACCAUCGGGGUAGACUUUGCUCUCAAAGUCCUCAACUGGGACAGCAAGACCCUGGUCCGGCUGCAGCUCUGGGAUAUUGCAGGUCAAGAACGGUUUGGUAAUAUGACAAGAGUAUACUACAAAGAAGCUGUAGGCGCAUUUGUGGUCUUUGAUAUCUCGAGAGGGUCUACAUUUGAUGCAGUCCUCAAAUGGAAAAAUGAUUUGGACAGUAAGGUGCAGCUUCCAAAUGGCAUCCCAAUCCCUACAAUUCUCCUAGCCAAUAAAUGUGACCAGAACAAGGACCGUGGCCAUACCCCUUCUCAGAUGGACCAAUUCUGCAAAGAAAAUGGCUUUACAGGAUGGUUUGAAACAUCUGCAAAGGAUAAUAUCAACAUAGAUGAAGCAGUUCGGUUCUUGGUGGAGAAUAUUCUUGCACACUAUAAAAAUUUUCCUAAUGAAGAUGAUGUGGACAAAAUAAAGCUAGACCAGGAUACUUUGAGAGCUGAGAGUAAAUCCCAGUGCUGUUAAUGUUGCCCCUACUAUUUUUUUUUUGUUUAAAAUGAUGGUUUACUUUAUACAUAUCAAGACUGAGACUGGAUUCCAGAUGAACUGCUAUAUUGGAACUCUUCAUGUUGGUGGUUCUUUAAAAUGGUGGUAUUCCAAGGUGCCUGAACUUCUUGAUUGGAAAUAGAAUGUAUAGUAAAUGUUCCAUGUCAGAGAUCUAGAACAUGUAUUCAGAGCUUGGCUUAUUCUUGUUUAAACAGUGUCAAAAUGUUUAUGCUUUUUUUUUUGUAUUCCUUUUUAAAAAGUGAGCAGACAAUUUUUUCCAUGUUUGGAAAGACUUCCAAGUUGAAUUAUCUUAUUAGUAUUAUUACUAUAGAAGAAAACUUUAAGUCCUGACAUUGCUAACAGUUUCACGUAUAAUUUUUUUCCUGAAGGGUAUUCUGGUAUUAUAUUCCAUUAAAUUAGUCAUUGUAAUUACCAUUAGUCACAGAAAGGGCCACUUUACUUAUUUCACAGUGUUUGUAUUUUUAAAUAUAUAUUCAAAAAAUUUGCACUUCAUAUUAAGCCUUUUAAAGGUCAUUUAUUUUAACUUUGUGCUGGUGGUUACGUUUUCAAGAUUUUAAUGCAGUUAAACAUUCAGCAGUGAAUUAACCUGGGCUUGAUCUAGGGUGACUUCCUAGACUUCUAGUCCUUUCCAGGACAUAACUUUCAGGUUAAAAUUAAAGAGUCUUUUCUUCUUCAGUCUCCUACAUCAUAUGUGUGUGUGCUUACUACAGAGGGCUAAUUUUGGAUUUGAUCAGGGACAUGAGCCUUACCAUUAAUAUUAAUAUCUCGGUGAACCCAGAUGACAAAAUUUAAAAUUGUAAUUAUUGGAGAAUGAAUAAACUAGCAAAUGUUCCAAAUUAUAAUCUUUUGAGUAAGCUGUAUCCUGAAUAUUUUGUUGUCAUCUAAAAUAUAGUAGUAGAGAAACUGAGGGCCAGAGCACAUUGUUGUAGGUAACCCUUUUUUUGGGGGGGGGCACUUAUUGGAGAAGAAUAAAUGUUUUAACAAUUAAGAUCUUUGAUCAAUAUGGUUGUUGGGUAACAAGGAAAUAUUAGUGGCCUUUGUAAAGCCUCUUUGUGACUACUUACAUUAAAAUAUCUUGUUUUAAAAGA